AUGGCCACAUUUCACCCAUUCAUGAGACUCCCCUCGGAGUUACGCAUCAAAAUUUGGCGCUACAAUUUCCCUGGACCUCGUGUUGUCGCCGUCCGAUAUGCUCGCGGUCAGAAUAGAUAUGUCAGUGAUAGAGCACCGCCAGUGCUUCUUCACGUCUCCUCAGAAUCACGAAGUGUUUUCCUCUCUACCUACGAGGCUCUCAUACUUUCACCAAGUCACGACUCGUCUGUGUUUAUAGAUUUCGAACGCGACACUUUGUUCUUCGAUCACCUGAAUUGCAGCCCUCGAGGAGACCUGGCCUUAGACUUGGCAUCCAGUCCACAGCGGGACAAGAUAAUUCAAUGUGCGAUUGACGCACAGCUGUGGGAAGUUCUCCGAGUCUUUCGCCAUGAUAGCAUGAGCGAAAUAAGGUUUUUACGAAACUUGAAAACAGUUGCACUUGUACUUCGACACGACCACGAUAGGCUACGGCAGAGUCGGACAAGCAACCACGGCGCAGUUUAUGUUCAGGUAGAUUCCGAUACUGUAGCUUCCGAGAUCAGGCACGUCAAUUGGUAUGUGGAAAGUCUCAAAACGGAAUUGAAUCAUGAAGUCGAGCCGAAAUGGUUGAACGGAAAGCCCAGCGUCCAGACGUGGAUAUGGUGA